GGUUAUUAUUUUUUUUAACAGUUGGUAACGACGUUUGGUAAAUGCGCUAGUAGCGGGCGUCGCGAUUUUCUUAAAGUUUAUUAAUUUUAUAGCUGCUCAAAUUCGUUAAAACAAAUACAAAAUGAAGAAAAAUAAGCCAAUGUUGCACGAUCCUUUAAUUAUAAAUCGUGUUAAACAGUAUUUAGAAGAAAAUGUAGACAAGAAGUUUUUGGACGUUAGUGUGAUGACUAGACAGUUAAUGGAGCGUUACCCCGAGUAUACACGUCGCAAACAAGCCCCCUUUCGAGCUCUUGUUGAACAAGCUUAUCGCAUUGUAUCGCACAGUUACGGUUUGGAAAGUCAGCCGUCAAGUGGAGAUGAUUCGGAUGGUUCCGAUCUGGAAGUUAUGGAUGAUUCGGUGUCGAGUAAUUUGAUGAACAACUUGAUGAAUAACCUAUAUCAAAAACCAAAGACAAAUGCAUCGAAACCAACAACAACUAAACAAACUGCAGGGGAGGCAAUUGAUAUUAGCAGCGAUGAUGAUAGCGCAGAUGAUAAUUGUACAAAUGGCAAAUCUUCAGAUGGCACAACUGUCCAGAAUGCGUCAAGUACAACAAAAUCAUUUGCCGGUGUUAUACUCACUAAAACCAAUGUACCGGCAGAGUCAUCGUCGAAAGGGUCAUCCAAUUCUGCCACUACUGAUUCUACUAGUGGCGUAUCUGUUACACUUGGAGCUCAAAAGCGUCACGAGUUUCCGGAAUCGACAGAACAACAACAACAACCAAAUAAAAAGCGUAAGUUGGCGCCCAAUGAAGAGAAGAACGACAGAACUCCUCAACUAUAUGAUAGGGGCCACAAUGAGCAGCAGCAGCAGCAGCAGCAAAUGCGUCAGCAGUUGCAACAAAUAGUACGUUCCAAUCGUUUAGCCAAUUACCAGCAACAAAAUAGCGAUGCCGCUUCGGGCGCAUUUCCAACAACAGCUUCGAAUCAAAUUAAUCAACUGCGUCAACGCAAAUUCAAAAAAGAAGUUGUUUUGCGAAAGUCACGUGAAACUUUCCAGGAUAUUGGUGGCAUGGAAAAAACACUGAAAGAACUUUGCGAACUCUUAAUGCAUAUAAAAUCACCGGAUAUUUACUUUGUAUUGGGCUUAAUGCCACCACGUGGUCUACUCUUACAUGGGCCACCUGGUUGUGGUAAAACUUUGCUGGCACAUGCAAUUGCAGGGCAACUAAACUUGCCAUUAAUCGAAGUUGCGGCCACUGAGUUGAUUGCCGGUGUUUCUGGCGAGUCGGAAGAACGUAUACGCGACGUCUUUGAGCAGGCGACUAUGUAUGCACCAAGCGUGCUGUUUAUUGAUGAAAUCGAUGCAAUUUCAUCGAAUCGUUCAAUGGCACAGAAAGAUAUGGAACGUCGCAUUGUGUCGCAGUUGAUAAGCAGCUUAGACAAUUUGAAGUUAACCGAAGAUGGACAAAGUGUUUUGGUGAUUGGCGCAACCACACGACCAGAUGUGCUUGAUCCCGCCUUGCGUCGUGUUGGGCGUUUCGAUCAUGAAGUGGCCAUAGGUAUACCAACGCGUAAAGACCGUAAAGAUAUAUUGACAAUAAUUUGCUAUGGUCUCUCCGUUGACUCGAAGUGUGAUUUCGAUAAAAUAGCAGAGCUAACACCAGGCUAUGUGGGUGCCGAUCUGCUGGCGCUAGUUUCGCGCGCUGCCACAAUUGCAGUCAAGCGGAAGUGUUCAGAGUGUAUACGCGCUUUCCAGUUGGAAUCGCAACGUAACAUAACCAUAGUGGAUUUGGACGAUGAAGCCGACGAAAGCACCGAUGCUAGCAACAAGCUAGCUGAGCAGAAUAAAAAUGACAAAGAUGAAGCUUCAAUUGAUACAAAUUCCAAAGCGGAUGACGCGCAGCCAGCAGCAGAAGCACAAACUGAUGAGCCCACUAGCGCAGCUAAAGCAGAUACGGAAAAUGCUGAGGAGCAGCCAGAAGGCCAAACGAAUGGUACCGAACCGGUUGAAGCAACCACUACCGAAAAGAAGGACGCUGAGGCAAUGGAUGUUGAUGUCGAGGGUGAAGAGGCCGCUAAAGCUGAAGCAAGCAGCAAUACAACAAACGUACAAGUUGCCGAUAGCAGUGUUAAAAGCAGCACGGAUGCAGUCUCCACCAUGGAUGAAAACAAAACAACAGACUCUACUAAGCCCUCAUCGAACACAACAGACGUACCGAAUCUGUCGGAGCCAUCACUUUUGGAGCUACUUAAUUGGCUGGACAAUCCGCCAACGGAUCUAACAUGCGCCGCGGAAUUCUGCAUAACAAUAGAAGAUUUCAUGGAUGCUGUUAAAGUCGUGCAGCCAUCUUCUAAGCGUGAAGGUUUCAUAACCGUACCAGAUGUGACGUGGGCCGAUGUGGGCUCACUGCAUGAUAUACGCGAAGAAUUGCAAUUGGCCGUCUUGGCACCGGUGAAAUUCCCCGAAAAACUGAUUACACUCGGUUUGACAGCGCCGUCUGGUGUGCUGCUCUGCGGACCGCCGGGUUGCGGUAAAACUUUACUUGCCAAAGCAAUUGCCAAUGAGGCGGGCAUUAAUUUCAUCUCAGUCAAAGGGCCGGAGCUAAUGAAUAUGUAUGUGGGCGAAAGUGAACGUGCCGUGCGCGCUUGUUUCCAGCGUGCGCGCAACUCUGCGCCAUGUGUAAUAUUCUUUGACGAAUUCGAUUCGCUGUGCCCGAAGCGUUCCGAUACUAAUGAAGGCGGCUCCGGCACGCGUGUCGUCAACCAAUUGCUUACCGAAAUGGAUGGUGUCGAAGAUCGCAAAGGCGUGUAUAUUUUAGCCGCCAGUAAUCGACCGGACAUUAUCGAUCCAGCUAUACUGCGUCCCGGCCGUUUGGAUACCAUACUUUAUGUAGGACUGCCGCAAAAGGAGGAGCGUGUCGCUAUACUAGAGGCUACAACGAAGCAACGCACUAGACCCGAAUUGGCGGACGAUGUUGACUUCACAGCCAUAGCUGAGUUCACGGACGGCUACACCGGUGCCGAUUUGGCAGGUCUGGUGCGACAAUCUGCCAUGUUGGCCUUGAAAGAGUCUAUACACAAUCCGGAGUCGACGGAUUUGCGCGUGCGCAAGUCGCACUUUGAUCUCGCACUCAGACUCAUACGACCUUCAGUUAGCGCGCAGGAUCGCAAAACAUACGAGAAAUUGCGUUUGAAGUAUGCCGCACCCAGAAACCCCACAACUACAGACGAUAAUGCUGAAUAAAAAAAAUGUUAGUUAUAAUUAUAAAAUAGUACGUUGCAACUCACGACGAUGGAACGUUGAAUAUUGUAACGCUACAUUUCAUCGUUAAAAUAUUAUAUAUAUAUAUAUACAUAUGUUUUUAAUACAACAAACGAACCCAAUUACUCUGGCGUAUAACUGAUUAAAACAAAAUGAAAAAAAGAAAAACACCCUAUGUACAACAGUAUCUCGAGCCCCUUCAUUCUAAAUGUUAUUUUGAAACGUUUACUUUAAUUUACCUUUCUCUUUGUAAGUCCCCAUUCUAUGAAUUAAUUUUCGUUAUCUUUUUUCCAAGCAUUGAUCAUAAGUAUUGGUUUAUAAAUAAAUAAAAAGAGAAAUGUGUACGCUUCGAAAAUGACACCAUUCAGUCUCCGAAAACGUGCAACAAUAUCGAAAACACCAACAAAAACG